AUGACAAAUUCAAGUCAAGUAAAUGUUGAAACAGUGAGUAGUGCAACAACAUUGGUUGCACACAAUCGUUCAACUGCUGCCCUUGCCCCGACUGAGAAACCUGCAAAGUUUUCUAGAGUCGACUUUAAGAAAUGGAAGCAGAAGAUAUUUUUCUAUCUGACUACGUUGAGUCUGCAAAGGUUCAUUAAUGAGAACGUUCCUGUUAUGUCGGAUGAAGCUCCGGCCGAAGAACGAUUCUUGGUGACAGAAGCAUGGACACAUUCAGAUUUUUUGUGUAAAAACUAUAUUCUAAGUGGCCUGCAAGAUGAUCUGUACAAUGUGUACAUUAAUGUCAAGACUUCAAAAGAACUCUGGGAUGCUUUAGAAAAAAAGUACAAAAUAGAGGAUGUCGGAAUGAAGAAGUUCAUUGUGGCAAAGUUUUUGGACUAUAAGAUGAUAGACAGUAAGACCGUCGUCACCCAAGUUCAAGAAUUGCAGGUCAUAAUCUAUGAUCUCCUUGCGAAAGGAUUGAUUGUGAAUGAUGCUUUUCAAGUGGCGGCAAUUAUUGAGAAGUUACCUCCGUUGUGGAAGGACUUCAAAAACUACUUGAAACAUAAACGCAAGGAGAUGACUAUUGAAGAUCUCAUGGUAAAGCUGAGAAUCAAAGAGGAUAACAAGGCCGCAGAAAAGAGGGCUACUGAAUAUCGGGGUCCCAGGAAGGACAAGAAGAAGGAUCAAGCAAAUUUGGCUGAAUCCAAAGGAGAGAUAGACGAUCUUUGUGCAAAAUGUAGGGGUCCCAAGAAGGACAAGAAGAAGGAUCAAGCAAAUUUGGCUGAAUCCAAAGGAGAGAUGGACGAUCUUUGUGCAAUGCUUUCAGAAUGCAACUUGGUUGGAAAUCCUAGAGAAUGA